AUGUCGUUAGAGGAAGUUUGUAAUUAUUUAACAUUUUUUAUCAAUGGCGAAAAAGUUAUUGAACACAAUGCAGAACCAGAGUGGACGUUACUUUGGUAUUUAAGAAAUAAGCGUGGUUUAACGGGUUCCAAAUUGGGAUGUGGCGAAGGUGGUUGUGGGGCGUGUACAGUGAUGGUGUCGGAUUAUGAUCACCGUUUAUCAAAAGUUAUUCACCGUGCCAUCAAUGCUUGUCUCGCUCCUAUAUGUUCAAUGGAUGGAUUUCAUAUUAUUACUGUUGAAGGUAUUGGAAACACAAAACAAGGUAUACAUCCUAUACAAGAACGAAUUGCCGAAUUUUAUGGCUCACAAUGUGGAUUUUGUACACCGGGUAUCGUUAUGUCAUUAUAUGGUACAUUGAAUAAUAUUGAAGCACCCACAGAAAAAGAUAUUGAAGAUUCAUUUGAUGGAAAUUUAUGUCGUUGUACGGGAUAUCGACCAAUAUUAGAUGCAGCUAAAACCUUUGCAUGUAAUACAACGAAAAAGAGCGAAUGUGAAGGACAACAAGAAAGAUGUUCAAAUGAUAUUUUAAUAAGUACAACAGAUGAUAAACUCAAGCCGUAUCAAAAUGAACAAAAUAAAAAAUGUCCAACAUUAGAAUUUCCACCGUUACUCUUCCACUUCAAACCACAAUAUCUACAUAUAAGAGGCAUGAUUCGUAAACGUGAAUCAGUGGAAUGGUACCGUCCCGUUACAUUGACUGAACUACUGAAAUUAAAACAUUUAUAUCCUACAUCAAAAUUAAUUUUGGGUAAUUCAGAAAUUCAAAUCGAAACAAAAUUUAAAAAUUUCCAUUAUCCAAUUAUGGUUGGUAUAACACAUAUCGACGAGUUGAAUGCGAUUAAUCGAGAUGACGAUGGAAUGAUUCUUGGAGCUGCUGUUACUCUGACCAGAUUGAAAGAACAUUUAGAACAAUGGAUGCAACAAGUUGAGCCAUAUCAGCGAGCAAUAUGUCAUGCUAUAUUAAAUCAACUCAAAUAUUUUGCAUCUCAACAAAUUAGAAAUGUCGCUUGUCUUGGAGGUAAUAUUGUCAAUGCAUCUCCCAUAUCCGAUUUAAAUCCUGUAUUGCAAGCAUGUGGUGCUCAGUUGAAGUUACAGAAACAUGGUCGAGACGAAACUCGUUUUGUAUCUGUUUGCGAUUUUUUUCUAAGUUAUCGUAAAGUUGACAUUCAACCUGAAGAAGUUCUUGUAUCCAUACAUAUUCCAUUUACAUCGAAAGAUGAGUAUAUUCAUUCUUAUAAACAGGCGCGGCGGCGAGACGACGAUAUUGGCAUAGUGAGUGCUGGAUUUCGCGUGAAAGUAAGUAAGGUGAAUGUACAAGUGAAUGGUUAUGAACCGGAGAUGAGAUGGAGCGUGGAGGAAGCACAUUUGUCACUCGGUGGAAUGGCACCAAUAACAGUUAUGGCAAGAAAAACUGAACAAUUUUUAAAGGGACAAAUAUGGUCGAAAGAAACAAUGAAGAAAGCAAUCAAAUAUUUGUUGGAGGAAUUACCUCUAACUGAGUUAACACCAGGAGGACAACCUGAAUAUCGUCGUACAUUGGUCACUUCAUUUUGGUUUAAAUUCUACUUGUAUGUAUGUAAACAAUUACGCAAAUAUUAUCCUGAACAAAGUGAAGCCACUGUAGAACAAGUUCCAUCAUCACAUUAUUCAGCCACAAAACACUAUCAGCGUAAAAUAUCACAUGGUCAGCAAGAACAUCAGUUGAAACCACAUACAAACAAAGUCGUCGGUUCAUCCGUCUUACAUCGUAGUGCCUACUUGCAAGUGACAGGCGAAGCCAAAUACACCGAUGAUAUGCCCAUGUUACCGGGUUGUCUUUAUUCAGCCCUCGUGUUAAGUACUCAAGCACAUGCUAAAAUUAUUGAAAUUGAUAAAACACAAGCAGAACACGUGCCAGGUUUUGUGGGAUAUUUCGGUCAUCAAGAUGUGCCUGGAAAUAACGAGACAGGUGAUAUAGUUCAUGAUGAAGAAGUAUUUGUUUCGUCUAUUGUGGAAUGUGUGGGCCAGAUAAUUGGUAUUUGUGUGGCUGAUACCGAAUCGCAUGCACAACAAGCAGCUAAAUUAAUUGCCAUUAAAUAUGAGAACUUAUUCCCACAAAUAUUUACUAUUGAUCAAGCUAUUGAACAUAACAAGUAUCUAGGAUCUGAGAGAUAUUUAGAAAUGGGCAAUUUGGAACAAGGCAUGCAAGAAUCGGACCACAUUAUCGAAAGCCAGUUCUACAUGGGAGGACAAGAACAUUUUUAUUUAGAAACAAAUUGUUGUUUAGCCGUGCCUCUUGAAGAGGAAGAAAUGCAAUUAUGGUCAUCUACACAAAAUCCAAGUAAAACACAAGAUUUAACAGCGCAAGCACUCGGUAUACCAAGUAAUAAAGUUGUGUGUCAUGUUAAACGUAUGGGCGGUGGAUUUGGAGGAAAAGAAACACGUACCAUACCGCCAUGUAUUGCUGUUGCUGUAGCUGCAUUUAAACUUCAACGACCUAUCCGGUUGAAUAUUGAACGUGAUUAUGAUAUGGCUAUUACCGGACAGCGUCAUGCAUUCAAAGGUGCCUAUAAAGUGGGUUUUACUUCAAAAGGGAUGUUAAAAGCUAUGGAGCUUCAUUUAUACGCUAAUGCUGGAUGGUCACAUGAUUUGUCGUUCCCAGUGUUGGAACGCGCUCUAUUUCAUUGUGAUAAUACAUACAACUUCAAGAACAUGAAAGUUUAUGGACGAUUGUGUAAAACAAAUUUACCAUCAAUGACCGCAUUCAGAGGUUUCGGAGGACCGCAAGGGCUAAUGACGUGUGAAAUAGUGAUAGAUCACAUUGCGAAGUAUUUAAAACUGGAGCCAUCAUUAAUUCGUCGCCAAAAUAUGUAUAGAGAAGGGGACAUGACACAUUUUAAACAAAACUUGACUAGUUGGCAUAUACCUGAAAUGUGGGAUGAAUUAAUUGUAUCAUCGGAGUAUGAGCAACGAUUAGAGCAAGUAAGACAGUUCAAUGUCGAACAUCGUUAUAGAAAACGAGGCAUAUCUAUUAUACCAACUAAAUUUGGUAUCGCCUUUACAGCAAAAUUUUUGAAUCAGGCUGGUGCAUUGAUACACAUUUAUAAAGAUGGCAGCAUACUGUUAACACAUGGAGGGACUGAAAUGGGUCAAGGACUACAUACAAAAAUGAUUCAGAUCUGUUCAGAAUUAUUGGGUGUUGACAUCAGUUUAGUUCGCAUUAGUGAAACAUCCACCGAUAAAGUACCCAAUACCUCGCCCACCGCUGCUUCAGCCGCGUCGGAUUUAAAUGGAAUGGCGAUUAAAAUUGCCUGUCAACAACUGAAUGAACGUUUGGAACCAAUCCGUCGUGAAUCACCAGAUUUUACAUGGUUUCAGCUGAUUAGCAAAGCGUAUUAUGAACGUAUAAAUUUGUCAGCACAAGGCUUCUAUGCUACACCCAAUGUUGGCGGGGAUAUAUUGAACAAUCGAGCACAUUUCAAUUAUUUUACUCAGGGAUGUGGCUGUUCAGAGGUGGAAAUUGAUACUCUAACAGGAGAUUCUCAUGUAAUCAGAACAGAUAUAUUAAUGGAUUUAGGUAAUUCGAUCAAUCCUUACAUUGAUAUUGGCCAGAUUGAAGGUGCUUUUGUUCAAGGAUUAGGCUUGAUGACCAUGGAGGAAUUGAUUUGGGGCGAUGAGCAGCAUAAAUGGUUAAAACCGGGCUAUUUAUUCACGCGAGGACCAGGCACUUAUAAAAUUCCGUCAUUCAAUGAUGUACCGAUAGAUUUUAGAGUAUCUCUAUUUAAAAAUGCUCCAAAUCCAUUGGCUAUUUUCUCUUCAAAAGCUGUUGGUGAACCUCCUCUAUUUCUCUCCUCGUCAGUCUUCUUUGCUAUUAAACAAGCAUGUGAAUCAUAUCGACAAGAAAAUGGCAUACAAGAAUUUCUUAAAUUAAAUUCACCUGCAACAAGUGAACGAAUAAGAAUGGCAUGUAGCGAUGAGUUUACAAAAGAAACAGUGGGCGAGAAGCAUGCAGAAUUUCAAGCACAAGGAAGUUUUUAA